AUGGCCAGCGCUUCUCGCCGCAGCCGGCGCGUGGCAAGGCGCCAGGCGGGUGUCAUUUCGCAGGGCCUCAACAGGGAGCCAGACUUCCGGGUCAUGCUCUUAUGUAACGCAGGGGUUGGACAAAGGCGCCGUUAUCCGUCGUUCGAGGGCGACCGCGGGGCUGAGGGAGUCGGGUCGCCUUCAAAGCCGGGCAUGCGGCACGCUGCGUCGCUGUCGCAAAUCCCGCCGCAGCUUGACGGUGGCUGGCCUGGCAGCGCAUCCCGCUCGCCCAGGCCCCACGAGGUGUACACAGCAGCAGUGGCUGAGCUGGCAGAGGCGGACGCCCUGCGUACGCCGCCCCCGAAGCUCAAGUCCGCCGCGGACUGCGGGUCAGGGGCCGCGCCCGGCGGCGGCGGCGGCAGCGCGCCCGGCAGCCGCCCGGGCUCGCCGCUGCGGCGCGCGCGCUCGAACCUCGCGCCCGGCUCCCUCAGCCCGAUCCUCUGCCACAGUGCCCCCGUGUCGCCGAAGACGUCGAUUCUGGUGAACGGCGGCGCGGCCAAGCACAUGCUCUUCAAGGAGCACACAUGCAGUAGCCUGCGGCCCUCUGACGACGCGUCAGCGUCAGCUGGCGGCGCAACCGCCUGUGCAGACCGCGUUCCGCACUCCCGGCGCGCGUUCUCCAUGCCAGGCUCGCAGCAGCUGCAGCUGUUGGCUAUGCACCAGGCGGCCGAGCAGCAGGUGCAGCAGCUGGCGCAGCAGCAGCAGCAGCAGGCGCAGCACGGCGGCGGUUGCGGCGGCGGCGGCGGCGGCGGCCAGGUCAGCUCCCUGGCGGCACGCGUGCCCGCGUUCAGCUGCCCGCCGCUGGACGUCUCAGGGCAGCCGGAGGGGUCUGGCGCAUCGCCUGGCGUCGGGGCGCUGGGGCUGUUUGAUGUGCCGACGCCGGACUCGCUGUCACCAAACUCGGGCUGCACGGUGGCGAGCAUCGAGUCCCCCCACCAGCCUACCGCCAGCCGCUUUGCCCCAGAGGGCCGCGCCGGCAGCCUCUCAGCUGCGGCCGCCGCGACGGCGGCGGCGGCCUCCCACAGCCUCCGCCCGCGCCCGCCGGGCAGCACCGGCAGCGGCGGCGGCGGCAGCAGCAGCAGCACGCCGCACAGCUGCGGCGCGCUGAGCGGCGCCGGCGGCGCGCCGCUGCCACACCCGCUGCAGCUGACGCGGAAGCUGUCCACAAAGUCCAGCGCCAUCUGCAUGCCGCUGCUGCCCGAGUCCUCUUCAUCCGCGGUAGCGGCGCUCCCAGGCUGCGGGUCGCCCGUGCCGACGGUCCCGGGCGAUGGCACCCCGGGCGGAAGCUUUCGCAGGCGGCGGUCCUACAAUCGCGUCCCCGCGCUCGCCGGGUUGCACAUGGCUCACCUUGUCCCCGGCAGUGAUUGCAGCAGCCCAAACAGCCCCACCGCGGCCGUCGCGCUGGGCGGCGGCCCCAGCGGCGGGCCGCCGCUCCGCGGCGGCGCGCUGCAGCUGCAGCUGCAGCACCAGGGCGGCGGCGGCGCGUUUGGCAGCAGCGGCCUCAGCAGCUGCAGCACGGCGUUCACCGUCGGAAGCGCGGGCAGCGUCGGCACGAGCUGCGCGGCAGAGGACGGCAGCGCGCUCGGGCCAGGGCCAGGGCAGCUGCAGCAGGCGCUCGCCGGCUGCGGGCUGGUGGGCGGCGGCGUGCCCUACGGCAGCCUGCCGGCCAACCGGCCGUCGAGCGCGCGGUCGCGUGCGGUGCUGACGCUGGUGGAGGCGGUGCGCUCCAAGGAUGAGGCAACCCUGGGGUCAAAGCUUGAGUACCUUGCGGGCCCCAGCGGCGCCGUCGCGGGCAUCAACGACCGCCACCCGCUCACGGGCCGCACCGCCCUGGCAGAGGCGACCCAGCUCAACAGCCUGCCCAUGGCGCGGCGCCUGCUGGCCUGCGGCGCGAGCCCGCGCGUCGCGCACGCGACGGCGGGGCCGCCGCUGCUGCAAGCGGCGGCGUGCGGGCGCCGACCCUGA